AUGGAGGAGUUGAGCAGCGUGGGCGAGCAGGUCUUCGCCGCCGAGUGCAUCCUGAGCAAGCGGCUGCGCAAGGGCAAGCUGGAGUACCUGGUCAAGUGGCGCGGCUGGUCCUCCAAACACAACAGCUGGGAGCCAGAGGAGAACAUCCUGGACCCGAGGCUGCUCCUGGCUUUCCAGAAGAAGGAACACGAGAAGGAGGUGCAGAACCGGAAGAGGGGCAAGAGGCCGCGAGGCCGGCCACGGAAGCUCACCGCGAUGUCCUCCUGUGGCCGGAGCUCCAAGCUCAAGGAACCUGAUGCUCCCUCCAAAUCCAAGUCCAGCAGUUCCUCCUCUUCCUCCACAUCUUCCUCGUCUUCCUCAGAGGAAGAGGAUGACAGCGACUUAGACACCAAGAGGGGCCCUCGAGGCCGUGAGACGCACCCGGUACCUCAGAAGAAGGCCCAGAUCCUGGUGGCCAAGCCCGAGCUGAAGGAUCCCAUCCGGAAGAAGCGGGGACGCAAGCCUCUUCCCCCGGAGCAGAAGGCGGCCCGGAGACCUGUGAGCCUGGCCAAGGUGCUGAAAACCGCCCGGAAGGAUCUGGGGGCCCCGGCCAGCAAGCUGCCCUCUCCACUCAGCGCCCCAGUGGCGGGCCUGGCAGCCCUGAAGGCCCACGCCAAAGAGGCCUGUGGUGGCCCCAGCGCCGUGGCCACCCCGGAGAACCUGGCCAGCCUGAUGAAGGGUGUGGCCGGCAGCCCCAGCCGGGGCGGCAUCAGCUGGCAGAGCUCCAUCGUGCACUACAUGAACAGGAUGAGCCAGGGCCAGGCCCAGGCCACCAGCAGGUUGGCGCUCAAGGCCCAGGCCACCACCAAGUGUGGCCUCGGGCUGGACCUGAAGGUGAGGACGCAGAAAGGGGAUCUGGGGAUGAGCCCCCCAGGAGGCAAAAUCUCAAAGGCCCCCAGUGUCGGGGCUGCAGAGCAGAAAGUGGGCAGCGCAGGGGGGCCCCCACACGCCCACAGCGGCAGCAGGGUCCCUGCCGGGUGCCCGGGCCCCCAGCUGGCACCCACCCAGGAGCUGAGCCUCCAGGUCUUGGACUUACAGAGCGUCAAGAACAGCAUGCCUGGGGUGGGCCUGCUCGCCCGCCACGCCUCGGCCACCAAGGGUGUCCCAGCCACCAACUCAGCCUCUGGGAAGGGUGCCGGGGGUGGCCCCCCGGGGGGCAACGGGGCCAGCAUGCCCACUGACACCAGCAAAAGUGAGAAGCUGGCCUCCAGGGCUGCAGCGCUGCCCACACCUGUGGGCAAGAGGGACUGCAUCAAGGGCAGUGCCGCGCCCCGCGGGCAGGAGGGCCGCGUGGUCCCAGGGGAUGGGCGCAAGCCGGCUGCGCUUCCAGAGAUGAGCGCCGGCGAGGAGAGCAGCAGCUCCGACUCAGACCCCGACUCGGCCUCGCCACCCAGUGCCGGACAGAACCCAUCGGUGUCCGUCCAGACCAGCCAGGACUGGAAGCCCACCCGCAGCCUCAUCGAGCAUGUCUUCGUCACUGACGUCACCGCCAACCUCAUCACCGUCACGGUGAAGGAGUCCCCCACCAGCGUGGGCUUCUUCAACCUGAGACAUUACUGA